AUGAACCAGCGCCGAGAUGAAAUCCUCGCGAAGAGGGCGAAACUUGCGGAACUCAAGCGGCAGAGGGAGCUUCGGGCAAGUCAGGCUUCGGCCCGCCAGAGCAUAGAUUCCAACGAACUAAUAUCUCCGACACCGAGCCGGGCUGACAACCGACGAGAGAUAGAAUCUCUUAUUGACAGUCUGGUUCGGGAAAGCAGGCCUGUGUCCGUCUCUACCGGAGCCAACUCACCUGGACGGUUCGGCAGCAGGCCAAAUAGCGUCCUUAGCGCAGGAGAACUCAGCAAUGAGAACAACUCCGAAGCCGCCAUUCCUGCCAACGGACAGGCGGCCACGCCCCAACCCCUAAAUCUCUCCACGAUAUCAUCCAAGACCAUCUACGAGUGCCCCCCGUCACCGGUAAAAGAGGUGUUUUCGUACAGCAAAGGAGUGCAGACAACAGAGACGUGGAUAACCCCAAGACAUUCACGUGCCUUUUCCGAGUCUGAAAUUGACGAGCCGCCAGUCACGGCCUCGCCGAGCAAGCGGCUCAGCAGGAGAGAACGGGAUCGGGAGGAAGAGCUGCGGGAGAACCUCCGGAAGGAGAUCGAGGAGGAACUUAGGGCAGCGAAGGAGCUCGUAACCGAUGGCGUGCUCAAACCAUCUGCCGCGGCUAACUUCCCGGUCCGGACGCUCACGGCCGAGGAGCUGAGGGCAGUGACACAGUCGGACGACUUCAUGGACUUCAUCGACAGGUCGACCAAGGUCAUCGAAAAGGCGCUAGAUCAGGAAUACGACAUCCUUACCGACUAUACCCUUCAAGUACAUGAUAUUGACGAAGACGACGAGCAGAGCGGCAACACGGGCGGGAAAGGCCGCCGGAAGGUCAAGGAGAUAGCCCAGUUCUAUGACGAGCGGUGGUCAAAGAAGCGCAUGGUCAGCGCGAUCGACUUCUCGCCCAAGUUCAGCGAGCUCCUCCUAGCAUCCUACACCAAGAACCCCGCCGCGCCCCACGACCCAGAUGGCAUCGUGCAGGUCUGGAACCUCCACCUGCACGAUCGGCCGGAAUUCGUCUUCCACGCUCAAUCCGACAUCCUGACGGCCAAAUUCUCCCCCUUCCAUCCAAACCUAAUCAUCGGCGGUGCCUACAGUGGGCAGGUCCUCCUCUGGGACACGCGCGCGCGUUCCGCACCCGUCCAGAAGACGCCAUUGACGGGCUCCGGCCACACCCACCCCGUCUACUGCGUUGACAUCGUCGGGACGCAGAACGCAAACAACAUCAUCUCGUGCUCGACCGACGGCGCCGUCUGCGGCUGGAGCGUCGACAUGCUGGCUCAGCCUCAGGAAACACUGACCCUGCUGACGCCGCCUCCAGCCAAGGCCGAAGACCUCGCCCCGACGUGCAUGGCCUUCCCGCAGGCCGAUCCGACAUUCUUCCUGGUGGGUUCCGAGGAAGGCACCAUCUUCCCAUGCCACCGGUAUGAUCGGGCGGGUGCCAAGGCCGGGGUGGAUGCACGCGUCAGCUACAAGGGGCAUGCGGCGCCCGUCAUGUCCGUGUCUUUCCACCCCUCUCGGGGGCCCGUCGAUCUGGGCGAUCUGGUGCUCUCCGCCAGUCUGGACUGGAGCGUCAAGCUGUGGAAGGUGCGCGCCCCCGCGGCGACGUCGGCCGUCGCGGCUACCGUCUCGACGGGCGGCGCCGCGGGCUUGGCCUCGGCGCUGGGCGGCGCGGGCCUCCUCGAGUCUGCUGUCUCGCCGCUCCUGGACUUUGUCCGUGAGGACGUGGUCUACGACGCCGCCUGGUCGCCUGUCAAGCCCGGCGUGUUUGGGCUGGUGGACGGUGCCGGGUGGCUGGAGCUGUGGGAUAUCACGGUCGAGACGGAGGAGCCCGUAGCGAGGAUCUCGCCUAGCCCGAGGAAGGACGGGCGCACUAUGCUGAGCAAGAGUCUGAAUAAGCUCGCCUGGGAGACUGGUGAAGGGAAGAGGCUGGCUACGGGCGGGAUUGAUGGUGCUGUCAGUGUGUUUGAGGUCGGGCCGGAUCUGGGCGGGAAGGAGGGGUUGAAGAAUGAGGAAUGGACGAGUGUCAAGAAACUGGUGAACAGGCUUGAGGCCGUGGGGAGCAAUGAUGGUGCGGGUGUCUAA